GUGUUGAACCCGACGCACCACCACACCCACGAGCUUCUUUCUCCAAUUCGAAUUAAUUACUUGCUGCACUGCACACCGACCGACAGGCACCAAAAAACCGCCGUUUCGUCUGUCUCUCAACAGACAGAUAAAGACCAUAUGCACUGACUGCACACACCAAUCAGUCAAGACAGUGCCGCACGCACAAAUCCACAGUGACUCAUCCACACGUCACAUCAAUCACAUCACAGCUCAUCCCGCGUCCUUUCAGAUGGACCCCCUUCAUCGCUGCCCCCCCGUCUGUGUGUGCCUCCCCCGCCCUCCUGCGCCUUUUGUGUGACGAUGUACGCUAUGCGAUCGUCCGGGUAGAUGGUGCGCAAGGGGUGCCCGCUCGGCGGAUAGUAGCGGUGGGAUGUCCCGUCAGGCUCGCGUGCGCGGCCCUGAACACACACAGAGGCAGGCACAGAUGAGGGUGGCAGGGCAGGGCAGGGAGGCACUGUGUGUGUGUGUGCAUGGAAUGGAUCGUGCCUGGAAGAUGGUGAGGAUGCGAUCGUUCUGGAUGGGCCCGCCAUAGUCGUAUUUCAGGUUCUCCUGACGGACGUGUGCAGGGAGGGAGGGAAACAACAACACAAUGCAUUGCAGCAACACACUUGGUUGGGUCGAUCGAUGCCAUCGGUGGGUGCGUACCUCCGACACGUAUGCGAGAUAGAGCUCCUCAGGUAUCUGUGAGUUGGGCGCGGCGUUCUCGACCAGCAGCAGAUAGUGGGGGCGGUCGGACCACUCGGACGGGUAGAUCUCAUACACCUACACACAAGCGGUGGGCAUCAGAAAAGCGCCAUAUCAUCCAGACAUGUGUGGAUGCCCUGCCCUGCUCACCCGUUUGAUCCAGUGUGAGGGCGCGUUUGCGGUGAAGUCCCAUCCGAUCACCACACCACGGUACUUCCACUGAGCAUGCCUGUCAGGCACACACACACACAUCUUGAGGUAUACAGACGUCUCCGCGCGCACCGCCCCUGACCUGACGACAUCGCCAAUGUAGAAUUUGGGGCUGGCGGGAGUGCCGUUGCGUCGUCUCUUGCCCCAGCUGCCGCCGAAGUGGUCCCACGUCGGGUGGUCGUCCUUGCCCUCGCCACGCAAAUGAGGUGGCAACCUAAUAGAUGGCACAUAUAACACACCGUCAUGGAUGCACGUCUGAGUGUGUGUGGCGUGUGCAUACCCCAGGUACUCUGGGACAGCUUCGAGCAGUGCGAGAAUGGGCACUUCGCCGGCCACGGGCCGAUGCCGCUCGGGGUCCCACUCCCUCUCACCGCCACCACCACCACCACCGCCACCACCAGCGGCUUGCUGCUGUGCCACAUCACCCUCGCCCUCACCCUCACUGCCGCCCUCUGGCCCCCCUCCUGCUGCUGUAUCGUCACGCUCCUCUUGCCGUUGUUGUGCUGUUGCUGCUGACUGGUGUGUGGGCUGUGUCUCCGUGUGUUGGUUGGCGUAUGGGGGAAGGUCCCUGAAGCUCGCCGGAAUGGGCCGUCGGGAUUGCGAAUGGGGGUCCAGAAAGCACUUGACCACCUGCACACAUGGAUGGUGGAUGCACACACACAUUUCCGCAGGUCGUGUGGUUCGUGUGGCUGCCCGCCUCACUCACCUCAUGGUCUUUGGGUCUCGGUGGGACGAGGUCGGGAUGGGCGCACACAUACGGGGUGUAGACGACCAUCUCGUACUCGCACAGAGACACCUCCACGAUCUUCUCGAGGCGCGUCAAAGGGUUGGUCACAAAGUCCUCCGGGCACUCGAAAAUAACCCGCGACCUCCGCGACACACUGAUGUCCUCACACAAAGUGCCCUGCACCGACAGAGCCGCCAGACACAUAAGAAGACCUCUUUGCAUGAGUCUAUGUCUGUGUCUGUGACUGUGUAUGUGACCUCACUGACCUCAGUGAGGUUGAGCCUGAGGCUCUUGUGCACUCUUGGUUUCUGCAGCGACCUCCCCGCCACCGCACCAGACCCCCCCUGCUGCUGCGGGCUGCUCUCAUAAAACCCGAUCGGCAGCUCCGCAUCCACACUGCCCGCGUCGUCGCCACCACUCGGCUCAUCGUGCGCAUAAUGAUGGAAAUACGGCGGCUUCUUGCCGACGAUGUUCUCUUCCAUGUUUUGCUGGCGGCUGAUGGCCGCUGCCUCGAUGUGCGGCGGGAGGGCGCCGAGGGAGUAGAUGGGCUCCUCCGUUUGGCCCCGGUUGUUGACGUGGAACUGUCGGAGGUGUGAGGGGUAGCAGAACUCGUAGGUCCACCACCCCUGGGUCUGGUUGAUGCACAGACCCUCCAGGGGACGCAGCAGAUACUCCAAACGAAGCUGACACACGCACCCCACCACCCCCCGCCACACACACACAUACAGAGAGAAGGCAGCCCAUCCAUCCAUCCAUCCAUCCAUAUGUGUGCGCGUGUAAGUGUGUGCGUCGGUGGGAGGGUGUGGUGUUCAUCUCACCUUCUCCUCUUGUUGUGCGCUGGGUGGCCGCCAGUCGCAGAAUGAGGGCGCGGGGUAGUGGAUGAGGUAGUUGAGCACAUGUGGCUCGCUCAGGUUGCUGGGCGACGUGGGACCAGCCUUGUGGGAGCACACGAACACCAAACUCGUCCGGCGAUUGUCCGUCCCGUUCACGUAAUGCUGUAUCAACCAACGAAUACAUGGAUGGAAGACAUGACACACACGCUGUGGGUAUGAUUGAUUGCCUGCGUGACGGAUCCGUUAGAGUGCAGGACGUCCAUUGUGGGGUCGUGGACGCCGAGAGAGAAUGCGCUGGAGCUCUUGACGCGGUGGUACUGAACGAUCUCCUUCCUGAUUAUUGACUCACACCGAUACGACACAAAGAGAUCGACAGACACCCAGUGAGUGCACACCACAGCUGAGCUCUGUGUGUGGCUGGCGCCUUCCUUCUUCCUUACCCGUAGCAGAUCUCAUAGGUCCAGUACUCAUCGCCUGCACACAUCCACACACACGGGAGGUGCAAGUUCGCUCGUGUGUCUGCGCAAGUGCCACCUGGCUGGCUCACUUGGUUUCUUGAAUACGUCACAUUUCUUGCUGAGGAAGCUGGUACGCGACUUGCGCAGAUACUCCAGCCCCUGCUUGGACAUCCGACGCCUCGCCACAGACCCACCACCUGCACACACACACCCACACAACCACCCACACAUCCACACAUCCGUCCAUCUCUCUCUCUCUCUCUCUGUGUGUGUGUGUGUGUGUGGAUACCUCCGAGAUUGGGCAGGACGCACUGGAACUUCUUGUCGAGAACGGUGAUGUUCGUCAUCCGCCACGAGUCCACAGGCCCCUCCUGGUCGACCAAAGCGGCCGACAGCCGGUGGCUGAAGUCCAGCUCCACCACGUGGCGCGAGUUGAUGGACGUCAGAAGGGUGCACGAUGCCAGCAUCGGGUGCACGAGAAGCAGCAGGAGCAGCUGCGUCGUGCGGAGCCGAUAGUGCCUCAGCCGGUGUGUGCCGCUGCUCUUGGUGGACGUCUUCAUGGCUGCGGAUGGCACUCAUGCAGACAAUGGCAGAGAUCUCAAUGUGAAACGGAUCGGCUGAGAGAUGCUGAUGAGAUGCCUCAGUGUUGAUGCGGUUGAUGGAGUCAACCACGAG